AUGCCUAAAUCACUAUCCUAUGAGCGACAUAAAUGUCACUCAUCAGGUUGGUACUGGAGAAAGAUUUGUAAUGUGAAGGAGAAACUAAAGGGUCUGUUUAGUGUGGCUGAGUUGGCUCAAAUGCCUAAAUACUCUAUCCAGAAGGUAUACCAGAAGUUGGUUCAACAGCAUGAGAAGGUCCCUUGGGGAUCUGCAGUGUGGAAUAGAGCCUCUAUUCCCAAGACUAGAGUGAUUUGCUGGCUGAUGGUCCAAGGGAGACUGCAAACAAGAGAAAGGCUACAUAAGAUUGGGGUCUGUAACACUACUACAUGCUUGCUUUGUGAGGCAAAAGAUGAAACUCACCCACACUUUUUCUUUGACUGUGAAUACAGUAGAAGAUGCCUACAGGGGGUUGAGGAAUGGCUAGAUAUUCCUACUAGCAAAGUACAUUAUAUGGGCCUGCUGAGAGCAAGAAAUGAUGCUCUCUGGAAUCAGAAGGUUCCUACUCCUUCAGCUACUAUCAGAUGCAUUCUGUAA